AUGGCUCUUGAACCGACGGCCGUGAGUUCAUUGGAAGUUCCUGGCCCUAGAGACGUAGCCGUGAAGGAGUUCGCCAUAUGUGCAGCUCUCAGGCAACUGGGGCUAAACCCCUACCAUUUCAGCGAAGCCUCCAAGAACAAGAACAACGAGCACUUCCAGCUCUGGCUUCAAGCCGUGCGGGCCAAGUAUGAUGGGAUCGGGACCUGUUUUCGGAAGGAGGACUUUGAUCGGAUUCUUUGGAACUAUGAUGUAUUGCCCUUGAUUCUAUCCUCCGGUGCUCUCUCUGACGACCCCUGCUGCCUUUUUAUUGAUGAGCUACUCUCCGCCUAUCCGGAUGCAAAAGUGAUCCUGACAAUCCGCGACCGCACCGCCUGGCUGCAUUCUAUGCAGAGAUUCAUCCUGGAGAUUCUUUCCUGGCGGUCGAUGCGUCUCCUCUCGUACCUUGAUCCCGAGUUCACGGGUCCGUAUCAGGCAUUGCUCAACCGGACGACUACUGUUUUAUCCCAGGGUCGUCCGCCCUGCGCUCCGUCCUCUGUUCCGGCAUUACUGGCGUCGUUUGAUUCGCAUUAUGAGCGUGUGCGGACUGCUGUCCCGGCAGAUCGGCUGCUGGAGUUUCAUCCCGGAAAGGGGUGGGAGCCGCUGUGUGAGUUUCUAGGCGUGAAGGUGCCGGAGGAGGCGUUUCCGCAUCUGAAUUCAGGAUCGGAGGCCAUGAAACUUGAGGUUGAACUUUAUUGGGAUAGGUGGGCUGCUGUUGGAAGACGGUUCGGCAAGCGGCUAAUUUUUUCCCUGGGAUUUUGGGGUUUGUUGGAACGCUGUGGUGGUGGGCAAUUUGGGACGGGAUCUAUGCGAUAG